UGGAAUAACUAUAGUUGGAAGCGGAGCACCAUCAACUAUUUCACUCAAUUGUCCAAAUGGAAUUACAUUGGAUGCCAAUGGUUAUCUCUUCAUUGUGGAUCAAAACAAUCAACGAGUUGUUGGAUCAGGACCAUAUGGUUUUCGAUGUAUAUUCGGAUGUAUAAGUGUUACUGGUUCAGCAUCUAAUCAAUUCUAUUAUCCACGAAGUCUUAGCUUUGAUAGCUAUGGAAAUCUUUUCAUCGUUGAUCAAUAUAAUUCAAGAAUUCAAAAAUUCAUUAUGGCGUCAAAUUCUUGUAGUCUUUCUUAUAAUCAACCAACAUUUUGUUCUAAUGCUUUAUGGUAUUCUAAUGCGUCAACUUUUGCAUCGAAUAGUACAAUUGGUUCAUUACCUUAUGGUAUUUUUAUUAAUGGAAUUAAUACUGUGUAUGUACCUAAUCGAGUUAGUAACACUAUUUUAUCAUGGCCACAAGGAAGUAAUACAUCAACAAGCAAUAGUUAUAGUAAUUUGAGUAAUCCAUAUAGUCUUUUUAUGUCUAUGGCUGGUGAUAUUUAUAUUGAUAAUGGUUAUUCAUAUGGUCGAGUGGAUAAAUAUACAUUUAAUACAUCAAAUCGUGUUACUGUUAUGAAUGUUAAUGGAAGUUGUUAUGGUUUAUUUAUUGAUAUUAGUGAUAAUCUGUAUUGUUCACUUAAAACUCUUCAUCAAGUUGUUAAACUCUUACUUAAUAAUGGUACAACCAUUCCAACGAUUGCAGCCGGAAAUGGUUCUGCAGGAUCAUUAUCAAAUAUGCUUAAUUCUCCACAAGGAAUCUAUGUUGAUAGUAAUUUAAAUCUAUAUAUUGCAGACAGUGCUAACAAUCGUAUUCAAUUCGUUCGAACUGGCCAAUUAAAUGGAGUGGCAGUCGUUGGUAAUGGUUCAUCGACAAAUAUUAUACUUAAUUACCCAACUGGAAUUGUCCUUGAUGCUAAUGGUUAUCUUUUUAUUGUCGAUAGUUAUAAUCAUCGUAUUGUUGGUUCAAGUUCUUCUGGUUUUCGAUGUAUAGUAGGAUGUUCGGGAGGUGGUUCAACUGCAUCUCAAUUAUCUUUUCCACAAAGCAUGGCUUUUGAUAGCUAUGGAAAUAUAUAUGUUACUGAUCGAAAUAAUAGUCGAGUGCAACAAUUCGCUCUUCAAACUAACAAUUGCAGUAAGUUAUUUUUAUAUAAUGAGACAUUAUGA